CGAAGAAAUGUCGUCCGCGGGUGAGGAAGCGUUUCAAUUUCAAGAAUUAAGCAGCGUCAUUUUCUUGAUCAACGAUCUUUCAUUUGACAAUCCUGAAGAUGACAUUGACGCCUCCGGGGCUGAGCCCGACCUCGUAGAUGAUAUUGGAGAUCUUGCUGCAACUUACAUGUUGCCACAACUACUAAUUUUAUCAAGCCAACUCAAUUCUGCUGGAGGUUUACGUUCUGUCUACGUCAAUUUUGGACCCAAGGGUUAUUAUUGGCUCAACCCCGAGUCCUGGCCAGUAAAUGACCGGAGAGAAUUUGAAAAUCUGUUAGGUGGGUUAUUCGAAAAUGGAAUGAUAAUAGAUCCUGUGACCGAUGAAGUCCUUUGUCAUAAAAUCACUGACUUGUGAGAUAAUGUGCCUGC